AUGAUUAGAGAAAGGGAAUACAAUAGGCGCAAGAAUAAAAUGAUGAAAAAUCGAAAUGAAAUGGAAAGGAACUAUCAUUUUAUGAUAAAAGAAUAUGAAAACAUAUCCAACAUAAGUGUACAAAACAAUAUAACAAAUUUCAGAGUAAUUAAAAAUUUAUUUAUUUUAAAUAAUCUAAUAGAUCAAGUGAAUAAACAACAUUUAACCAAUGUCUUUGAAAAUAUAGAUGCCAAAUUAACGUUUAUACUAAAAAAAAAUAACACGAAUUUUAUUUUAAAAUUAUUAGCAAUAUUUUAUAUAAAGCUUUGUACACACACAAACGGUAAAAUAAUUGAACAUUAUGACAAUUUAAUCGAUAUCACAUUAAAUAAACCUGUUGUUAAUACUCCAAGUGAAGUGAAAAAAUUGCAUGAGAACUUCUUAAAAAAUGUAUUCCUUUUCACGUCCUUAAUUUUAUCUCAAAUACAUGAACGGAUAGGACCGAACAUUUCAUCAAUCAUUGAUUAUUCAAAAAAUAUAAGAAAAACGGAAAACAAACAAUUGAAAUACUUCUACCUGGAGUGCAUAAAUAAAAUAAUAAAAACUUGUAGCAUAAAUACAAUUGAUUGUGAGAAAAUUUACAAAUUUCUUAAAAGAGAAAUUGCUCAAAAAGAAGAUUUAAUUAAAUAUAAAGUUAUUAAAUGUCUGACGAAUAUGUUCAUGGUGUACCCUGAGUAUUCUAUCAUAGAAUAUGACUUUUUUGUAAAUUACAUAAUUGGUAGCACAAGUGUAAGUACCUAUGUUAGUCUGACUAAUAUUAGAUGCAUUAUCAAAUUUCUUACUGUCAUAUUUUGUAACUGUUCCAAUGUGAAGUAUAACAGAGGUAACAAUGCCCGUUAUGCAGUAAAGAACAGCAUUAAAAAUGGAACAGAUGUUAUGUCACCUUUCUCUAAUAGUACAUUUGGUGCAGGGGCAGAAGAAGAUGAAGAUGAUGAAGAAGAAGAAGAAGAAGAAGAAGGGAAAAAAAACUCAGAACACAAUGUUGAGAUGAAAAAUGAAGACAAAAAAAAUUAUACACAUGAGAAAAAAAAAAAGAGGGACACCAUAUCAAGCAAACAUAUGAAAAAUGAAGGGAAAAAAAAAAAUUUUUUUUCAGAUUUUUUAAAAAUAGCUACAGAUGAAAUAGUUUCAAAAAUUAGUAAAAUAAAAUUAGAAGAAAAAGAGGUGAUGGAGAAUUACAUUAAGCUUGAUCACGUUGAUGGAUUUUUAUUUCGUAAUAACCAGAUUAACAAAAAAAUUUUGAGAAAGAAAAAGGAUAUCUUACUAGUUUUUAAUUUUCCUUCAUUUCUGGUAUAUUUUAAAAGGACACUAAUGAAAAUGUUCACGGAUUUUCAUCAUGAUUACUCUGAAUUGAAAAGGUUACACUUUUUAAAAAAGUUAGAGACAUUCGGUUAUUAUUCAGAUGUUUUACAUAACUUUGAAAUGAAUAUACCUAGUAGUGGAAAAAUACACGAAUUUUUCAGAAGGCAGAAAAGAAGAACAUGUACAGGAACACCGUCAUUUACAUCGACAUCGAUUUCUGCAUCUGAAGCAUUGAUAGGAGUAGAAACGAGAGAUAACGAUAUGUUUAUUAAUUUUCUCUUGGAGAUAGACUACAAAUUGAUGAAAGAAAAAGAUGUAUGUUAUAAUGAAUUAAAUGCAUCUGUUGAAGAGAAAAAGGCUUUCAAGACGUACUGUAAUUUAAUACACAGUACUUUGUUAAAAAUCGUUUUCUUCGAAUUUUUUAGAAAUUUAUUAUUUUUUUCGAAGAAAUUUACUGGAAAAUCAAUUAUAAAAAUUAUCAAAUUGUUUUUACACCUUUUAGAUGCCACAUGUACAAUUUGUGCCAGAAAGAAAAUUACAAAGAGCCCACUUCAUACGAAUAAUAUAACAAAUAGUUUUGAAAUAAAUUUUAUCUUAUUUCACUUCACGAACAUUGUAGCUGAAUUAAUUAGUCAGAAAAAAAAAGAUAUCUACACAAUUGUUAAAGAAAAGGAAUACAAAGCAAGGAAGAGAGGAAAUUGUCAAAUAAAUAACAGUAGCGAAUAUGAUGAAGACGAAAAGGAAAUCUAUAUAUUUAGCAAACGUGAGGAUCUUAGCAAGGAAUCGAAUGAAUUGCAUGACAAAUUGGAAACCAAAGAGGAGAAAAAUUUUGCAUUUUUUGAAAAAAAGACAAAUUAUAAGAGUGAAAGUAGUGCUAUAAAGAACAACCACCAUCUUAAUAAUAAGGGAACAAGGAGUUCCACACAUGGUGGAAAUGAAAAAUCGAAUGAUACCAUUAGUUGGGGUACUAAACACAUGCAUGAUAAUUGCAUUUCAACAAAUGAUAAGCAUAGAGGGAGUAAUGAAACAGAUAAAUAUCACAUAAGGAGUAGUACAUACGACCAAAAAGGGGAAGAGAAAACAGCUGGAAGCGAAAUGAAAGGGGAGAUGGAAGAUAUGAUGAAGGAAGAAGUUGCGAAGAAGAAAAAUAAAAGGAAUAAAGAUGAGUCGAUGGGAGAAGAUACCAAAGUAAGAAUUUACAUAGAAAACCAAGUAAAAAAAUAUUUAAUACAAAACAAUGAUAUGAACAUGGAUGUAAAUGAAAAGAAAAAAAAUGAUAUAAUUCUUAAAGGGUUAAUAAUUUUGUACAAUAAAGUAAUAAUAAAUAAUAAUAACAUAAAGAAGGAUAAAUACGAAAAAUAUGAAAAGUUUUUGAAACUUAUUAUAAAUAAUAUGAAUGGUAUUCACAUAGAUAUAAACUUAGUUAGACACAUUAUAAACUUAUUUUUAAAUAUAUUUUUAAAAUUUCCAUACUAUAUAUAUAAUUUAAUAACCCUACUAGUAAAUUAUAUAACCAUAAUUAAUGCUAAUUUCAUGACUUCCUUAACACUAAAUACAUUUGACGAUAUAGAAAAACAAGUAAGUAUAUUAAUGAUAAGCUCCGUUUCUUUGAAGCAGAUAUUGUAUUAUUCAUCCGGAUUUUACAAAAUGUAUCAUUUGAACAAUUUAAUAUUGUGUAUAUUUGAUAUAUGCAAACUGUUCUUGUCAAAAGUGCAAACGCAUCCAUUGAAAACUAUUAAUGAACUCAGGAAAAUCAUUUCCUUUUCCCUUAUUCAUUCUAUCACAUCUACAAUUGUGUAUGAGGUGAUACGGAAUGUAUCUCAUACUCUCUGCUGCUAUAGGGAUGAUAGCGAUAAAAAUAACACGGUUAUAAAUGAAAAUGGAAAGGAAGAAAUCUCAGCAACAGAGACACAGGUAAAAAAUGUGGAGAAAUAUUUCACGAAAUAUGAGUUGGCUUAUGAUAAUGUCCUUUUCAAACUCCUAAUGGAUAUGCUACACGAAAUGCUUAACGAGAUUGAAGAAGAAAAAAUGCAAUGUUUUAUUAAUUCUUAUGAAGAACAAAUCAAAAAAAAAAAGAUGAACUCGGCAAAUUUUUUCAUCGUAGAUAAUUUAUUUAUCAUGGUUUACAUACUGAAAAGUGUGCACGUCAUUUUAGCAUCAGAUAUGUUGACUUUUCUCUUUUUCGAUAAAAUUUAUAAAAUUGUGCAUAUGUCAUUUAAUUUUUUGAGUAAAAUAUAUCAAUUAAAAAAGGAUUAUUGCGAUAUCGAUUAUGAACAUUACGAAUCCCAAACAUCUAAUAUAGACCACAUGGGAAAAAAGAAAGAGAAAUACAUGAACAAUGGAGGUUAUUCCAAAAGAGCAAGAGAAAUGACAUUUUAUUUCUUCGAUCAUGGAUUUACUCAAAUGUGUAGGUUAAUAAACAUUGAAAAUAUUCUUUUGAUAUUUCUGAUAUACAUUCUGAAGAUUUUCUGCCGAAUUGUCAAAUUCGUGAAGAGCAUGAAAAAUGAGGUUCCCAUGGGCUAUAUUUUGAAUGGAGAAAUGGCUAACACUAAUCUCAUGUGUGAAAAAUAUAAAAAUAACAUAUCCAACAAUGAUGAAGAUAAGUCUGUUCCUCUUAACACUUUCCACAAGAACGAAAAAUGUAGCAGCAGCAUUGGUAGUUCAGGGAAUAUUUCGUUUCUUCCAAUAUGGCACGCAUUGAUUCAGGAAAAAUCUGAUGAAGAAGUUCACUUUGACCUUUUCCUGAGUUUAUUAAUUAACUUUGUCAAAAAUAAAGACAAAGGCAACUUUAACAAUUCAGUUAUUAACAUCUUGCAAAGAGAAGAAGCAAAAUGCAAGGAAAAGAAGGGAAAUAAUAAUAAUGCCACUGCCUGUACAAGGAAAAGAAAGAAAAAAAAUAUAUUUGAAGAUGAUACAGAAUUAGAAAUCCUAAACAUAUUGACAAAUAAUUAUGACGUUUAUUACGAAUUAGUUCUAACUUAUUUUAUAAAACUCUUCGAAUUGUAUGUAGAAAAAAAAAAAAAUUUUAAUUUGAUAAUAAAAAAUAUUUACAGAUGUAUUUUAAAUGUAGAUUUAAAUAAAAAUGAAUUAAUAAUGUAUUUACUAAUAUUAGACAGAUUUUUAAAAGCUAAAUUUUAUAACAAAAAAAAAGGGAAAUUAUUUAAAUGUAUGUUACCUAUAUUUAAUGUAUUAAAUAAUCAUUUUAUGAAUAAAAAUAGUGGACUCUUAAAUGUUUUACUUAUAAAAAAUAUGACCCAUUUUAUUAGUCAGAAUGAUCAGGUAGAUUCGUACAUCUUCAGUUAUGCUACAAAGCUGUACGAAGCAUAUUCAAAACAAAUGUUCCAGGAAAAUUAUUUGUGUGUCGUUUUUUCUAUUUUUAUAAAAAAUGUUAUUAUAUCUUACAUAAAAAUUGAAGAUAAUAAUAAUUAUAUAACGAAAAAUUGGACUAAUAUAAAAAAAAACAAAUUAUUUAACGCAGAAGAAGAACUCUUCCCCUCUAGUAAUUUAAGUACGACUUCCCUAAAUAGUACUGUAUUUUUAGAUAUGUCAAGUAAACAGGAACAUUCUAGCAUUUCCAAAGCUAAAAGAAGAAAACCAAAAAAUUUGUCCCUCAAUGAUUAUCCCCUUUCUCUUACACACUUUCAAACGUUGGACUUAUGCCAACUGAAGAAUCAUUUCGAAAGACAGAAGAGAAUUUUUUUUUGGAAACAGAUUAAAGGAAGAACAACAGGUAUUAUUAUCUCAAAGGGUGUUAAAGCAAAUUGCGAAAUUAAUACUUCACGAAAUUGUAUAGAUACCGUUGCACCUAAUGAUGCACCAGAUCAACCAAACUGUGUCGAAGUAGCAGAAAAUGCUAAACAUAUUGUUAAAAAAAAGGAAAAAAGACUUUUUGAUUUCUUCGCUAUAUAUCUGAACAUGUUGAAGAUAAUUCCACACGACAAUAAGGUGUUCACGCACGUUUUGAUAAACUUCAAUACUGUGGUAAGAAAAAUGAACAACCGACUCAACAUGUGCAAGGUGAAGAACUGUCUAGAAAUCGUCUUGGCCUAUAUACUAAAAAUGGAGGGGGAUAAUACAUACAGCUUCGAAAUUGUGAAGGGGAAGCACAUCAUCAGUUUGUUUAACAAUCUGCUAAGCAUUCUACAAAAAAAGGAAAAGAAAAACAGAAAAAGAUAUAGCACAAAAAGAGGUAUCGAAAAGAGUAGUAGAAGUGGCGAGAGCAGUAGAAGUGGCGAGAGCAGUAGAAGUGGAGACAAGAGUAGAAUUAGUGACAGGAGUAGUAAAAGAUGCAACCAAAAUGGUGCACAAAGGAUCGGUCGUAUGAAAGGCACAAUGAAUGCUUUACAGAGAAAAUUUGGCACCCAGAUUGAAAACCAAAUAUUGAGCAUAUUUGAAAUUUUGCUAAAUUCGUAUGAAAAAAAAUCAAACAGUAUCCUGUUCAGGACUAUUAAUAUCUUGUUCAGUUUAUUGAAGAAGAAUAAGUUAAAAAGAUUUAUGUAUAAAAUAUCCUUGAUGAUACAGAAAAGUAUAUUUUUGGAAAAGGAUAAAAGUAUACUACAAGAUGCAAUUAUGUGUUUAUAUAAACUACUGAAAAACAAUAUUGUAAUUCCAUUACAUAAAAAUUUUGAUUACUACCUUUUAGUAAUUUAUAACAACUACUGUGAAAAGAAGAUGAACAAUUAUUUUAUGAAAUUAUUGAAAUUAAGGAUUCGUAUGCAUGGUUUUUUUAAUGUCAAACAUUGGACAAAACUGUUCGAUAGUAUUUUAAAUAAUAAAAAUAUGCUCCUUUAUGAUCUCAUAAAAUAUAGGUCUAAAGGAUCCUACUCUAAAUAUGAAUGUAAUAUUGAUAAUAAGAAUUCGUUUGAACAGGAUUCUAAGAAGAAGGAGAAUAACUUAUUAGCAAAUGAAAAACAAUUAAGUGUUGAACUGAACAGUUGUCCAACCUUCUAUACCUCAUUAUUUAAUAAAAAUUUUGAAAUUAACAUGCAUAUAAAUUUCAAUGAAGAAAAUAUACAAAAAAAAAAUAACUCAAUUAGAGGAACAAAAUCGAUUUAUUUUUUUGACGUCUUCAAAAUGAGGCAAACUGAUUUCACUUUUUCUCAUGACACAAAACAUUUCGCCAUGAAAUUGUUAUUAUUUUUUUUGAAAAAUAUAAGUCUUUCUCCUUUUGUGUAUAUACACAAUGAUCCUUAUUAUGUCAACUAUGUGAAAAAACGAAUGAAGGGGCAAAUAUUGAGCAACUAUAAGGUGGAUUCUGCAGGAGGAAUGAGCGGACGGAUUAUAAACAGCUCUAACAUGAAAAGAGUGAAAAAUGAGAAAAACAUUUUACGAGAAUAUAACAAUAAAAAGCUAUUCUCUCUCAGCAGUGGAAGAGGUAGUAACACAUUCAAACUGGGUAGAAGUGACGUUAAUGAUAGUAGUAGAGAUAGAAACGGUAGUAGCAGAAGUAGUAUUAGAAGUACUAGUAAUCAAGAAAUGGCUCAACAGGUAAAUGCUUUGGAUGAAAUGAAUAAGACGCUGUAUUCGUUUCAUGAUAACUAUAACGUGAGGAGAGAUAGAUGUGAAAAGGAAAUUAAUCAUAGUAACAGGAAAGGUAAGAUAAAGGACAAAAUUAGUUGCAUUGAAAAUAUUCUCUUUCGUAGGAAAAGAGCCAAAAGAGAGUGCAUAAAAUGGGAAGAAAAAUUUAACAGUGCAGAUAUAGAAAAUAUCAUCGAUAAUUUUUCUUUAUAUGAUAAUUUUGAACAAAUUCUAAAUAUUAUAUUACAUAAUAUAAAUUAUGGAAUAAGAUAUUAUAAAUUGUCCAGAGUAGCCAUAAAAGCAUUAGUGCGAUACUUAAAGAUUUUUAAGCGUUCCAAAAUUAUUCUUGAUGAUUUUUCAAAUAGUAAUGAAAUUAUGUUGCUCACAAAUUACGAAAUAAAUAUUUUCACCUCGCUAAAGAUCUAUUAUGAAUCGUUUAAUUUUAUAUAUUUAAGUUACAAAAAUGAUAAUUCUGUAGGAGGGGAUAAUUUAGAUGUUGCAGAAGAUAGGAAAAAUGAGUACCUGCAAUUUUCCCACUUUUUCCAAUAUCCCUUGAUGCGUAUAUACAAUUUGUUUUUAUUUCUAAAUAGAAUUGAAUUGUGCAAUUCGCACUCUAAAUUUGUUGAGUACUUUUUUUAUUUUGCCAUUAAGACCUCCAGCGGAGUUAAGAAUGAAGAUCCUCAGUGUGGUACCAUGGGAAAGAGUGAUUCGUUUAGUAAUGACAAUGCUUCUAACAAUGGUGAUUAUUCCAGAAAUGAGGAGAGUGUGCGUGAUAACACAUGCAUGAAAGGAAAAAACAAGGGAUCCGCGAUAAAUUUCUCCCUAUUUUUUUCAGAAUUCGACUCAUGUGUAUAUUACCUCUUUUCCCAUAAGUCGUUCAGCAACUACAUAAUAAAUAACGAAAAGGCACAAAAGAAUCUGAGCAUGUUCAAUAUAAAAAGUGUUGUAAAGCAUAUUAGUUAUCUUUUGUACGACACGAUUGUUUUAUACUUUUGGUCUUUUGAAGAUAAUAAAAAUGAGGAAUUCCUAAGCGAAAUUGUACAUAAAUUUUUUACAUGCAUGAAUGAGAAGGCAAGAUGUUUAUCUAUUUUCUAUUUCAGUGUAUUUUCAAUUUUUAUACAAUUUUUAAAUGUUGUAAGAAUAUGUUAUAAGGAUAUUUUUAUUAGUAGGAAAAGUUAUUUAAUUUUUAAAACACUAAUACUUUUCUUAUGUUAUCAUUUGAAAGAACAUGAGGAGAAAUUAAAAAAGGAAACGAAGGAAAUAUACUUUACAUUCAUAUUUGGUUACUUAUGUUUGAUUGAAUUUUCAUGUGAUACAUCUUAUCAUAUGAGCAAUUCUAUUGCUCACCAUAGAGAUAUAGAAAAGAAGAAAGAGCCCAUACCCAAUGAGUAUGCCACAGAUAGUUUUAAAGAAACAUCUAGGGAUAAAGACUCAAACACAUGUAACAGCUGUUGUGAAACAGAUACACAUUGUUCUCAUAGUGAAACAAAGCACAAUUAUGAGGAUAUAUCAAGGGGCCCUUUUUUAAACACAGUUCUAAGUUAUAUACUGAAACAUUUAGUAGUUUCGAUAAAUGAAAAAAUACUACCAAGUGUGCUUGAAUUCAUAUCCAUUGCGUAUGCACACUUGGAGAAUAUGAAAACUCAGAGGAUCCAGUAUAGUGUACUUUGCAAUGUAUUCACAUUAAACCUAUUUGUAGUUAAUAAUUUUUUGACAAAAAAAAAUUAUGAUGGAGCAAAUAGUAAUAAUAUCAGUAGUGAUAAGCAUGUAGGAGUGCAUAAUAGAGGAUCAGCAGGAGGGGAAUUGCUAACGCCUUUGUGGAACUCCGUUCUUAGUUGUUACACCCUUUUGAAUAAGUUGGAAAAGGAGCAAAAGUUGGAUAAGUUGGAAAAGUUGGAAAAUGUGAAAACAGAACCCACCAAAUUAUCGGGAAAAAUGAAACUCCUCCUGCAAGAGCUCUUCCUGAAGAAAAUGAACUUUCUGAAAGACGAAAAACUGAGCAGUAGGGUACUUAAGUUUUUUUUUCAAAAUUGUUCUAUUAAUGAUAUAAAUAAUUAUCUAUUGGAAAUGAAAAAAUAUAAAGAUUAUUUUUACAAAAUUAUAUAUGAAAAUGACUUACCGAGAUUGAAAUUGUUUUACGUAAAAGUAAUCGUUUUCAUACAUUUCAUCAACACAACAGAUAUGAUGAAUGAAAAGAGUAAAAUGUAUUACACACAACAAAUAUUGGACGUUUUUAUUUCUUUCUCAUGCAAGAUGAAAGCAGUAUAUCUCUACGCAUGUGACUAUAAAAAAAGAGCGAAUAUAAUCACAAAAAGGGUGGAAGCGAAAAACAUGUACAGAAAUAGUCAAAUAAUUUAUUCAUUCAUAAAUGUUAUUCAGAAUAUAUUUACCCUUAUGAAAAAUAGAGAAGACUCAAUCAUUUAUUACUUUAUAAAAAAUCUAAUAAAAAACCACAUUGCACCAAUAUUAGUAGUUAAUUAUUCAAUUGAUAAGAUUCAUUACGAAGAUGUUAUACCAACAAAUUCAUGUGUAGAAGACAUUAUUGUAUAUCCUGUAAAAAUUUUAAAUUUAUUUUUUAAUUUAUUUAUUAGUAGAUAUGCAUUAGUAAGAAAAAUACUAAUUCCAUUUAUCUCUUUUAUUCACAAAGUUUUUCAUAUUUGUGAUAAGAAUAACGUGAACAUUAUGAAAGCCUUUUUUAUAUGUCAAAUAGAUCAAGGGGAAAACAUUAGUUUAUUAAACUUGCCGGAUAAAAAUCUGUGCAUACACAAUAAUUUCGUUAAAUUAAGUGUAGUACAUACAGAAAAUGAUAUUAUAACCGUAUAUUUCAAAGAGGUGAUAAACCUUUUUAGAAAUUUUGCAUUUAAGAACUCCUCUUUUUUUAAGGAAAUACUUGCUGAUAUUAAUGGGGACGAAAAGAUCUUAGUAUAUAACUUGAUCAAAGAAGCAAUGGAUAUGGAAAAACAGACAGAGAUGAAGAGUAAGCAGAGCAUAGAAAAAUUGGACUUCAGUUUUGUAAAUUAG